CUAACUCCACUCUCCCCUUAUCUUCUACUCUUUAUACAUUUUCCCCUCCAUCUUCAACUUCUUCGCCAGGGUUAGGGUUUUUCUCUUUUCCCCUCAACCCCCAUAUCUCUACCUCUCUUCUCUCUCUCUACGGAGUAACACCACUACAGUGCUCUGCCUAUACAGAUUGAUGGCGUCGUCUACAGCUCAAAUUCACGCUCUUGGAGCUACGCAUUUCUCAACUAAACCGUCCUCCUUGAGUAAGAAGCCGCCAGGUACGGUGUUUUUUGGGCAGAGAUUAAACAAGGCACCUUUCGGAAUCAAUCUGAAGAAGAGCGCCUGCAAUCGGAGAAAUGCGCCGUUUCGGGUCGUGGCUGAGAAAGUGGUCGGGAUUGACCUCGGGACGACUAACUCUGCCGUCGCGGCCAUGGAAGGAGGGAAGCCGACCAUUGUGACGAAUGCCGAGGGACAGAGGACUACUCCCUCGGUGGUGGCGUACACCAAGAAUGGGGAUAGGCUCGUUGGACAGAUUGCGAAGCGCCAGGCGGUGGUUAAUCCGGAGAACACUUUCUUCUCUGUCAAGAGGUUUAUUGGGAGGAAGAUGGCUGAAGUCGAUGAGGAGUCUAAGCAGGUUUCCUACAAUGUUAUUAGAGAUGAAAAUGGAAACGUCAAGCUCGACUGUCCUGCAAUUGGAAAGCAAUUUGCUGCUGAAGAAAUCUCUGCUCAGGUCUUGAGAAAGCUUGUGGAUGAUGCAUCAAAGUUUUUGAAUGACAAAGUUACCAAGGCUGUUGUUACAGUUCCUGCAUACUUUAAUGAUUCUCAAAGAACAGCAACUAAGGAUGCUGGCCGGAUUGCUGGUUUAGAGGUUCUACGUAUUAUAAAUGAACCUACUGCUGCUUCACUGGCCUAUGGAUUUGAAAAGAAAAACAAUGAAACAAUAUUGGUGUUUGAUCUUGGAGGUGGAACCUUUGAUGUAUCAGUUCUUGAGGUUGGUGAUGGUGUAUUUGAGGUGUUGUCUACUUCUGGAGAUACCCAUCUUGGUGGUGAUGAUUUUGAUAAGAGAAUUGUCGAUUGGCUUGCUUCAAGUUUCAAGAAGGAUGAAGGCAUAGAUCUUCUCAAGGACAAACAAGCUCUUCAGCGUCUGACUGAGACAGCUGAGAAAGCUAAGAUGGAGCUGUCAUCAUUAACACAGACUAACAUCAGCUUGCCCUUCAUUACUGCUACAUCAGAUGGUCCUAAGCAUAUUGAAACCACUAUUACUCGAGCUAAGUUCGAGGAGCUGUGCUCAGACUUGCUUGACAGGCUGAAAACACCAGUUCAAAAUUCCUUGAGAGAUGCAAAGCUCUCAUUUAGUGAUAUUGAUGAAGUGAUCCUUGUUGGGGGCUCAACUCGGAUUCCUGCUGUUCAGGAAUUAGUCAAGAAACUGACUGGAAAGGACCCUAAUGUCACUGUUAACCCUGAUGAAGUUGUUGCACUUGGGGCUGCAGUUCAGGCUGGUGUUUUGUCUGGAGAUGUAAGUGAUAUUGUUCUCUUGGAUGUGACUCCAUUAUCCAUUGGUUUGGAAACUCUGGGUGGUGUCAUGACAAAGAUCAUCCCCAGAAAUACGACCCUGCCUACAUCCAAAUCAGAGGUAUUUUCAACAGCUGCUGAUGGUCAGACAAGUGUAGAAAUUAAUGUCCUCCAAGGUGAGAGAGAAUUUGUGAGGGACAACAAGUCUCUAGGUAGCUUCCGUCUCGAUGGAAUUCCUCCCGCUCCUCGAGGUGUUCCUCAAAUUGAGGUCAAAUUUGACAUUGAUGCAAAUGGUAUUCUCUCUGUUACUGCUGUUGACAAGGGCACUGGGAAGAAGCAGGACAUCACCAUUACAGGAGCCAGCACAUUACCCAGCGAUGAGGUAGAGAGGAUGGUUAGUGAGGCUGAAAGAUUUGCCCAGGAGGACAAGGAGAAGAGAGAUGCGAUAGACACAAAGAACCAGGCAGACUCUGUUGUUUACCAGACGGAGAAGCAGCUGAAGGAACUCGGAGAGAAAGUACCAGGCCCCGUGAAAGAGAAAGUCGAGGCUAAGCUUGGAGAACUUAGAGAUGCAAUCUCGGGAGGGUCAACUCAAGCCAUGAAGGAUGCAAUGGCCGCACUUAACCAGGAAGUCAUGCAGCUGGGUCAGUCACUCUACAAUCAGCCCAGUGCAUCACCUGGCGCUGGUCCAACACCCGGUGGUGGGUCAGCAGGGCCAUCAGAAUCAUCAGGGAAGGGACCCGAUGGAGAUGUCAUUGAUGCCGAUUUCACUGACAGCAAGUAAGACUCCCCCCACCCACCCCAAGGUAAAUUUUGAGCCAUUCCUCUUUUCAACUUCCCUCAUCUAGUGCAUGCAUACAAGGAGAUGAAGCUUCUAAUUUUCAUGCAACAACCUUCUCUAGUCAAGGUUUGAGAAAGUUUGAGCAUAAUCGGGAGCUAGAAGUGAGGUGAAAAACAUGGAGAGCUUUUGAUAUAGAAUUCAAUAAUUGUUUUCGAUGAGUGAAUGGAGCGAUAGAAUGUUAAUGAACAAUGCUAAACUCUGUACUUCUGAUAAUAGUAAUGCUUUUAUUGUUGUCCCA